AUGACUAUCCCGAUCUUCCAAGCGGCUGAGACUGAUAAUCUUGAUGAGGUCAAGAAACUGCUUGAAGCUGGAACUGAUAUUUAUACAGCUAACUUCGAUGGUGAAACUUUGUUGCAUAUGGCUGCAAAAUGCAAUUCAAUGAACGUAUUAAAUUACUUAAUUGAACAAAAAAUGGAUUUAGAAGCCAAGACAGAAGGCUAUGAAGAUACACCAUUACAAAUUGCUACUCAAGAAGGUCAAAGCGAAGCAUUUUACGCUCUUAUCAAAUCAGGCGCUGAUAUUAACACAGAAAACAUCGAAGGUGAAACACCUGUUUUUACUGCUAUCAGAUUUAAACGCCCAGAAUUUCUCGAAUAUUUAUUACAAAAUGGCGCUGAUGGUAACCACAAAAACAAGGCAGGAGAAACUCCUUUCACCAUUGCUGUCCAAUUCAAGAGCACAUCUCUUACAAAACCAUUACUUGACAUUCAUGUUGAUCAAAAAGUAAAUGGCGUUUCGCAAGAGGAAAUCAAGAAACUCAUGUCAAUGCCAAUGUCAAGCAGAGCAUCUACAACUCAAACUCCAGAAGUUUUGUCAUCAGAAGUAGUUUCUGCGAGAAAUAAAAACUCAAGAGGCUACGAUGACCCGAUAACACUAUUAUUUGAAUAUUGCAUCACAAACAACUUCAAAGAACUCGAAAAGAACAUCGAAGGAGUUAACGUCAACAAGACAUUUUUCGAUAACGAAACUUUAUUACACGCUGCAGUUGAAAACAACGCAUACGAAUGCGUCAACAUGCUUCUAGAUUACGGUGCUAACAUCAAUGCCCAAACCAAAACAUUCCUUGAACCUCCAUUGCAUAUGGCCAUAUUAAAUAACAACCACGAAAUCAUUGACCUACUUAUUUCCAGUGGUGCCGACCUAGAGCUUCAAAAUGCAGAAGGAGAAUCAGCAAUUUUCAUUGCUGUCCGUACAGGAAAUGUCGAACUUGUCAAAACACUUAUUUCCAAGUCCGUAAACAUCAAUAUAUUCAACCACGACAGUCUUACACCGAUUUUCGCUGCAAUCUCCUUACACCAGCCCGUCAUUGCCAAGCUUCUCCUUCAAGCAGGAGCCACAGCUUCUCUUGGCCGCUCAAACUGUUUCUCCCACGCUAUGGAAAUGGGAGAACAGGACAUUUGCGAGGCCAUCAGAGAGAGCGACCCAUCGCUAGCAAGAGCAGCCAUGAAUACCUCCAAUUUGGACUUGGCGCCACCACCUCAACAGCUCUUCAAUUACAUCAGACAGAAAAAUAUCGGCGGUAUCAGAAAAAUUCUUUCAAACCGUUACAACUUGAAUCUAGAGCAGCCUGAUGGAUUGCCAUUGAUCAGAUCCAUCGAGACAGGUAAUUUCGAAGUUGUCAAAGCGAUUGUUAAUGCAGGAGCGGACGUGGAAUGUUCGUCAGGAAAAGAACUUCCACUUUUUGUCGCCGCAAGGAUGGGCAACGAAAAAAUCGUUGAAUAUCUCCUCCAAAACGGCGCCGAUCCACGUACAAUCAAUGAAGAUAAUGAGAACGCACUCUUCCCAGCUGUUAGAUCUAACAACGUUCAUGUUGUUCAGCUCCUUAUUCUCCAGGAAUGUGGUUUGGAUCAUGUAAACAAUGCAGGAAUGACUCCUCUUUACAACGCUGUUGGUUUGAGGUCUCUUCCAAUUGUUGAAGCUCUUUUGGCGGCCGGAGCUGAUCCAAACAACCAAGGCCACUCUCCAUUUAAGCUUGCACAGGAUUUGAAGAUGACAGAGAUUAUUAAUGCACUUGUUUCUGCUGGUGCAAAGGCUCAGAUCAAGAGAGCUCCAAGAAGAACAAGACAACAAGCAUCGAUAUUGGCUUUGUCACAACCAAUGAGAUUGAAGACUCCGCUAAAGCCAGAACACGGAAAAUGCUCAAUUUGUGGAACUAAAAAGCACAUGUUGAAACUAAUUCCGUGUGGUCAUGCUGUUGUUUGCAGAGAAUGUCUUGAAAAGUUCGUUGAAAAACGCUCGCAAUGUCCAAUUUGUUCUAUGGGAUUUUACGCGACAUCGGCUUUCAAUUAA